UAUUGUACCUAUAUUUUUACACCUCUAUAUAUACAUAGAGAGUAAGAGAGAGAUAGAGAUAGACACAGACGCGAUUCGCGAUUACUCAGUUCUCAGUUCGGGUUUUUUGAUUAAUUAAUUGGAAAUCGAUGGCGGCGGGGAAGAGCGACGCCGGCGACAGGAUCAAGGGGCCGUGGAGUCCGGAGGACGACGCGCGGCUUCGUGAACUCGUGCAGCAGCACGGCGCGAGGAAUUGGUCGCUGAUUAGCAAGUCGAUCCCCGGGAGAUCGGGGAAGUCGUGCCGGUUGAGGUGGUGCAACCAGCUCUCCCCGGUGGUAGCGCACCGCCCGUUCACGGCGGAGGAGGAUGCGAUUAUUCUCCGUGCGCACGCCGAGAUCGGGAAUAAAUGGGCGACGAUCGCUAGGCAGCUCAACGGACGUACGGAUAACGCGAUUAAGAACCAUUGGAACUCGACUCUGAAGCGGAAGUUCUCCGGCGGCGGAGGGGAGGAUCGGCGGAGUCAGGUGUUGAGGAGAGACGGAAGCGGCGACGUCUCCACGGCGAUGGCGAAGUUGAGCAAUCCGAUUGACGGAUCUAGAUCGGGAUCGGGAUCAGGAUCAGGAUCAAGCCGUUCCGAUUCAGAUAUCAGCGAUUCCGGUUACGAUUUAACGGAAUUCUCGUUUCCGGUAGCGACGACCGCCGCGGCGGUGGCGGCGCCGUUGGAGGACUGCGAUAGCGAGUUCACCGCUUUGAGUCUUCGAUUGCCCGGCGUUUCGUCUGCAGAUCCGGCCGUUGAUAAGGAAGCGUUGUGUAGUAAGUUUCCGAUGAAGAUGAAAUCGGAGACGUUGAAUCCGGAGUUGAUUGCAGUAAUGCAAGAAAUGAUCAAGGCGGAAGUGAGGAAUUACAUUACUGGUGGUAGAGAGAUUAUGAGGUUGAGAUGAACGUAAUUGGAAAGAUUAAUUAAUCAUUAAUCGGCGCUGCGUUUUGGUUUGGUUUGGAUAUUAAAAUUUGAGUUAGUUCUACGUAAAAUAAUGAAAUUGUGAGUAAGGUUACGAAUGGUGUGAUUCGGUUUUGUUUCACUUAAUUUGAAUUUGAUUUAUUCAUUUAGUUUAAUUGAAACGGUUGCUGCUUGCAACUGUUUAGGAGUUAAGAUGUGAUAAUGGUUGGAUUUUGAGAUGAGUAAAACGUGAUCUUCAUAUUUCUUUUGA